AUGCUCGCAGAUAUUCGCCGUCUUCAGCGAUAUCGCCAAGCCAUUGAUUGCCUCGCAAAAAAUGCAAAGUCUGCGCUAGAAAUUGGAUGUGCGCAGCACAUAACGGCGCUGGAGGUGUCUCGCCAGUUUGCUGCUGAGGCUUCUUCUUACGUUCGUCUCUUUGGCUUCGAUUCGCGUAUCCGGGUCUUGUCGCUCUAUUCUAAAGAAGCAGACCUGGUGGCGAUUGCAGCAGAAGCGAGACAACGAAUCAGGCAGCAGCAGCAGCAGCAGCAGCAAGAGCAGCAGGAGGAGCAGCAGGAAGAGCAACAGCAGCAACAGCAGCAGAAACAACAGCAGCAGAAGCAACAGCAGAAGCAGCAGCAGAAACAUGGGAAAAAUUCAACAGCGAAGUCGCGAAGGACCGCGCACAACGACUCCAACAGCAACGGCAACGACAGCAGCAGCAGCAGUAGCAACAGCAGCAACAGCUGCAGCAGCAACAGCAGCAGCAGCGACAGCGAAAAGGGGUUUGACUUGCUUAUUCAUGAAAUCAUUGGGGAUAUCUGCAGCAACGAGGGCGUUGCUGAUGUUAUCCUUGACAUACAAAAAAGAACUGGCCGCGUCUCUCGUUCAAUUCCGUAUGCGGGCCGCACCUGGUUUCCCAUGCGCACAGUGUUGUCGCCCAACCGCGUGCUGCUGCAGUCUGUGGGGCUUCGCUUCAGCAGUUUGCUGCUGGCGGAGGACUUCGCCGUUUUAGAGGAACUUCUCUUUGAAAAACCCAUGCAGAAACAAAUGCUACAAAACAGAGCAAUCGAUGUGCCCCUCUCCUCCUCUUUGCACGAAAUGCCGCAGCUGCAGCCGCUAGCAGACCCCGACAAGCUGACGCCAACGUCCAAGAAGCUGCAGCAAAAGCUCCAGCAGCAGCAGCAGCAGCAGCAGGAACAGCAACAGAAGCGGCAGCAGAAACCGCAGGACGAAGAAGAAGCGUGGCGAUAUCCGUUUGCUGCUGAAGUGCAGCAACAGCAGCAGCAGCAGCAGCAAGAAGCGCCGCCAGGCUACCGACGCAUUCAUCUUUCUCGCCCCCGUUUUUCUUUAUCCGCAGAAAUCCAUAGAUUGCCAAUUUCUCCUGUGAAAAGCUGCUGCUGCAACAGCAGCAGCAGCAGCACUGCAGCGACGAGUGCGACCACCAGCGAAGACAGCAGCAGCAGCAACGACAGCAGCGCUGCAGCAGAAAGUUCCCUCCCACAAGAAUCUCGUGAUGCUGCUGAAUCAAGAAGCAGCAACAGCAGCAGCAGCGUAAAGGCUGAGGAAAGCAGCAGCAAGACGCCGCUAGACCCUUCCCCUGCAGCAGCAGAAGCAGCAGCAGGAGGGAAGGGAGGCUGCUGCUGCUGUCAAGACACCGAGAAGUCCUCAGUACUUCGCCUUGAUCCCAUCAUUAUAACAUACGCCGAGCAGUCUCCCUUCCUGGCCAAGGAGGUCAGCUGA